UUUGAUAUUUAAUAAUUUACAUUAAAUUGCAUUAUAGACCCUAUAAAUACACGAUUCACCACCACUUUGAAUUUAUCUGAAACCCCCAAACACACUUUCUCUCACAUCAAUCAACAACAAUGGCAGACACUCGACAAGCUCACCUGAACGGCGCCUACUACGGCCCCUCAAUCCCGCCGCCGGCCAAGUCCUCCUACCGCCCCGGCCGCGGCGGCGGCGGAUGCUGCUGCAACCCGUUCAGCUGCUGCUGCAGCUGCAUCGCGAACUGCAUCUGCACCUGCGUCUUCCAGAUCAUCUUCACCAUCCUCAUCAUCGUCGGACUCGCCGUCCUCAUCAUCUGGCUCAUUUUCCGGCCGAGCACCGUCAAAUUCUACGCCGCCGACGCCACUCUGACCCAGUUCACCCUCGACAACAGCACGCUCCACUACAAUCUGGCUCUGAACCUCACGAUCCGAAACCCUAACAAGCGAAUCGGAAUCUACUACGACCAGAUCGAAGCUAGGGCUUUUUACCACGGCCAGAGAUUCUCCACCGUGCAGCUCCCCAAUUUCUACCAGGGCCACAAGAACACCACUUCUCAGAUCGCCGAAUUCAAAGGCCAGCAAAUCGUCCUCCUCGGAACCAAAGAGAUGAAGGACUACAACGAAGAGAAAAUCUCCGGCAGAUACGAAAUCGACGUGAAGCUGUAUCUGAAGAUCCGAUUGAAGUUCAGGUUCGUGAAAUCAUGGAGGGUGAAGCCGAAGAUUGACUGCGAUUUGAAAAUCCCGUUGACUUCCAACGGCACCGCGUCGGCGUCUGGGGUUUACGAACCCGAGAGGUGUGAUUUCGAUUGGCGCUGAUCGCACUUAUACACAUUUUCCGAUAUAUAUAUAUUCUCCGAUAUACUGCUUUAAUUCGAUUUUUUCGUGUGCGUUGAUUUACCUCUUAUAUAUCAUUUUGCUAUUCUAUACGAUUAUUCUUUUGUUUAGUCAUGAAAUUAUACGAUCGUCCUCCGAUCAUACAUAUUUCAUUUUUCAUACGUGUUCUUUGUGAAUAAAUAACGACUAGUUUUCAUUCUGUUA